AUGUCGCUCGCAUCUGGUGUUUCCAUCACGGAUGAGUGCAUCACUGCAUUCAACGACUUCCGCAUGAGCGGAGGUGCCAAGGGAAGCAAGACCAAGUUCAUCAUCUUCAAGAUCGCCGACAACAAGAAGGAAGUCGUCGUCGACGAGGCCUCCCAGGACGAGGACUACGAGGUCUUCCGCAGCAAGCUCGAAGCCGCUAAGGACAGCAACGGUCGGCCCGCUCCCCGUUACGCCGUCUAUGAUGUGGAAUACGACCUCGGCGGUGGUGAGGGCAAGAGAAGCAAGAUCAUCUUCAUCUCUUGGGUCCCCAGUGAAACCCCCACUCUCUGGUCCAUGAUCUACGCCAGCACCCGUGAAAACUUGAAGAACGCCCUCAACAUCCACACCUCCAUCCACGCUGACGACAAGUCCGACAUUGAGUGGAAGACCGUCCUGGCCGAGGCCAGCGGUGGCAAGGCUGGCAAAUAA